AUGCGUUAUUGGAGAAGACAGUUCCCUGUCUCAGUUCCUUCACCCAACACAAGUAUGGAAACCUCGCAGAAAACCUUCGGAAAUCUUUUUGAAUUGGGCAGAGGAGUACAGCAAGAAAGAGGGUGGAAAGGAAUCGCGACUCUACUCGUCGUUAUAUUUGUUUGUUCACUGAUUGGCUUAGCCUUCCACCUACUCACACCAAGAGGAGAUAUUCUAGCCCAAGACGACAACGUCUCACAAUCGGUUCGAAACCACCUGCUGAAACGACCGCCACAAGCAUGGAUCAACAAAGCGCAUUUUAUAAGCGACAAUGCAAUCGUCUAUACCGAUCUAUAUCUUGGGCCUGUCCGAUUGUCUCUAGACAAAAUGGAGCCAGAACGCCUACUUAAUUAUAGUCUGGGCAUCUUCAAUCCAAUACCUUCAUACGACUAUCGAUAUUAUGCUCUCUGUAAACGGAGGUCUUCCUCUGUCACAAGAAAAUUCAAUGGUAAAUAUGUGGUCUCGAUAGUGGAUAGAGAGUUAUAUGCUGUGCAUGAGACCAAUUUUAAUGGGUCUUCUAAGGAAUUGACCGAACGAGUGUCUUAUAAGGUGGGCGUUACAAAAACCGACGGCGAAACACUGCGGUUUUUUAAAUGGAGUCCCAUUAGUUACGAAUAUGUUUUCUGGCAAGAUGGCCAUCUCUACUACUCAGAAUCUCCCGAGUCGCUCACUACUUCAGUUCGGAUAACCAGCGAAGGACUGAACUGGGAGUAUGAAAUUGCCGAUCCGUUUUAUUCUGCGAACGUUUUCGAUCAUGAAUGGAAGACCGUUUGGUGGUCUAAGAAAGGCAAAAAGCUGGCUUUUCUCAGUAAGGAUAAAGUGGAGGAAAAUUCUAUGCUGAUGGUCAGCUACACAGAUCAGGGAAGCUAUCCGAGUGUGAUACAACAGAAGUGUACGAAAACUAACGAGAAACAAAUACCAGCAUUCAUUCUUUUCGUAUGGGAUAAGGAGACCCGAGAACUGAAGCAGAUGGACGUGAAACUAAGGAACAGAACAGCAUAUCACUAUCCUUAUGGAGUGCAAUGGGUGGUGAUGCGAGGCGAAGAAUUUCUUGUCACUUUUUGGGCAGAUAGACUCCAAACGCACAUCUCCAUGACCAUCUGUGAUCACACGUCGGGUAUUUGUGAACUGAUGUUCGAACACGAGUAUCCUAGCAAAACGUGGCCGGAAAUUUCCGAUUUCUCAUCCGCAUUGAGCAGUGACGAUGCCAUUUAUAUCCUUUUGCCGCGAGCUAUGCCGGAUGGAAACAGUUACCAACACAUAGCUAAGCUAACUAUUCAGAGAGGUACUUCGAGAGGAGCAGAAGUUAUGAAAUGGGCUAAGUCAUCAUUCCUUUCAAUAGGAAACUUUGACGUCGUGGAAUUAAAUGCCUAUGAUAAAAACAAUGACAUCGUGUAA